AUGUUGAAUUCAAAAAAAUACAUUAAAUUCCAGCUUUAACGAGAACCAAAAUAAUUUCAACAUAUACAUGUUAUCCAUAUUGAUGACAACUUAUAGUAAUUAAGCAAACUUCUUAAUAAUUAAUAAAUUCACAAAAAUGACAUAUAAAAAUAAACAAAAAAGGUAUUAAAAAAUAGUAAAACCUUAAUUACAACUAAUAAAUAAUCAACCUUAAUGAAAUUCAUUAUUUAAAAUAAAGAAAAAAUAUUUUAAUAGAAAGAAAACUAUGAUCAAUCUCCACUUUUCAAAAGUCUCAUUAUUAAAUCAUCUUAGCCACUAUCAAAACCCAUGAUAGGAUCAUGUAGAGAAAAAAAAGCCUUCUCAGUUUAAUAUCCUCGAAGACUAUCAACUUUUUAAAAUAAAGUUUGCAAUUCCUUCUAAGACAUUUAGAUUGGGCCUUGGGAAGAAUAUAAUUGA